UAUAUGUAUUUUUUAUUUGAAUUGGACAAUUUAGUAGAUAAUAAAUUAAUGACACAAACUCUACUCUCGCUAACCGGCGCCCACUAGCUUUACUGAUGGCACAUUCAUAAACAAUUAUUUGGUCAUUAUUUAGAGAAGUUAAUAGAUUUUGGUCCGAUAAUAUCUAGUUUUGUCGGAAAUGUAGUAACGAAAUUAAAAAUAUUUGUAUCACAAGAAUAAGAUUCACUGCUACUUAUACUAUUUCAUAAAGGUAGGGCCACCACCAGAUAUGUCGACGAAGUGAUUAUAGUUGUUAGUUAAUCGGAGAUCAAUUUCUGUAAACUGCAGUGUCUAAUGAGCCUUUAAGGUUUUUGAAGCACCACAGACGCUGGAAAGAGAAACAUUCUGAACUGCUUUAUAAUUGUAGUCAAGUAGUUGUAAAUGUUCUUCAAAUUGGUAACUAUGAGAACACCUACAAAAUGACGAGUGUACCAGUAACAGAUUAUGACGUGAUUUAAUCGUAUGUAAAAGCGCUAUCCAUAAAGUAGUGCCUGCUACAAGUAGGUACUCCGCCGAGCCCGCUGAAUCCUGUAAUUUAUUGAUAACUAUAUCAAAUUUAUUGUAACAAAUCGCUUUUCUAAUUUACCUUCUGCCUCUUAUUUGUACAAGUAGAAACUGCAGAUAAGAUACGCUAUGUUUCUUUCUUAUCAAACUGUUAUUUGCUAUAAGCUUAAGAUCACAAAUUGAUAGCGAUGUUGAUAACCAGCUUACCACUUCAUUGUCGGACAAUUUAUUUCCACUGUGCAGCACAGUCUUGUAAUAUUGUCUACAAUUUUGACAAAUAUUUCUUUUUAUUUUUUACAAUCAUGGAGUUUAUUUUUAACAACGUAAAAAUGCUACUCCUUAGUUCAAGGACCUUUAUAGUCAACAUUUUUAUGAUAGUUCAGUUAUCUAAUGUUAGUUUGUGACGGGUGUAUAAUUGUAUAUAGGAAGAGCAUGGUAUAAAACUUCGGUGGAAGGACAAGAUUCGAUUAAACAACGUCAUAUGGCGGUGCUGGCAUAUGCAGUUCAUAAAGAAACAAAAUACUUUGGUAUGCCAAUUCGCUUCCCCGUUAGAUGUUGACACACACGUAAAACCAGAGGCAACAAUAUUAGAAGGUAAAUAUUGGAAACGAAGAGCAGAGGCGGUUAUAGCAGAAUAUAAAAAAUGGCGCAAGUUUCAUAUAAUGCGACUCCUUGGAAAAGGAGAUACAUCAGUCCAGGACACGAUAUCGGAUAUGGACACGGUGGAAUCGUUCUCACAGUGCAGCGACCUAGCAGGCAAUAUGCUCACAGACGAGGACUACCUCAACUUCAUGACUGACACACUCUUUUCCACCAUCAGCAGCCACCAACCCUUCGCCUUCCCGGACUGCAGGGAAAUAGCUAGAGGCGCAAGUUUAGCAGACUUCAUACAACCAAGUUUAGGUCCUCUGCAACCCAAUCUUGAUGAUUUUAUGGACACAUUGGAACCACUUCAAGAUUUGUUGACGCCCAGACCGCUACCGCCAGUACCCGAAGAAUCCGCGUUGCCCUCCGACGACUCAAUGUACCGCGGGGCUAUGUCAGUAGACACAUACUCGUCACAGAACUUCAUGACCAGCAACCAGAGCAACACAGCGGUCACGAUGCCCACCAGUCAGAUGUCUCUGCACGGGACAACCAACAAUACUCAAAUGAUGUCGAUGGCUGAGCAAACAAUAAAGAAUGAGCAGCAGAUGGGAAUGUACGAUAACGGCAGGCUCUUCUCCCAGUCCGACAUGCAGAACAAUAUGAUGAAUGCUCAAGAGAUGCUGUCUCCGUAUCAACAGAUUACUUAUGAACAGCAGAAUACGUCACAGUCCGACCAACAAAUGCAUAAUGUUUAUGUUGGAAAGUCAUCUCGGUUACAAUAUGUUAACACUCCCAAACUUGUGACGCAGACGGACCCCUGCUAUAAUCAAUAUAAUAAAGGUGUACCACCUUCACAAACUGCGCCAGAAACAGUAUCGUUGCUACAGCAACCAAUACAAAAUUCUAAGUACGCGUCUACUAUAGUAAUACAGGGGCGUGGGGGCUACAGCAGAGAGAAGCCCAGGCAGAGAGUCUCCCACUACUCGGGCCAAGUCCAGAGCAACCAGUACCAGAGUUACGGACAGGCCAUGAGUCAGUCGGCGCCGCCGGUGUCCCCGCAGGGCUACGAGUCUCGCGCGGUGAGCUCGCGCCAGACCUCGCCGCAGAUGCAGUAUUUGCAGCCAAGUCCCGUGGACUCGUAUAAGACUAAGCCUUCUUCUUCUACGGUUAACCCACGCUCGUUUAAGAUGCCUUCACCGCCAUUAGUGCCCGCCUCAGCUCCACAGAUGUCGAGCGUGGGCUCCAGUGCGGGCGCAGGUCGCGUCAGCAAGGAACAGUAUCGGUCGCACAGCCUGCCGCUGGGCUCGCAGCUGAACCCCGACUGGACAGUGAGUGCGCCCGCGCAGCCCGCGCCCGCGCCCGCGCCCUCCGCUCUAGACGUCUCCGUCGCUAAGCAUAACGCGAGGGCUCGCGAGUCGAACCCGGGUGCCAUUCGCAUUCGGUCUCGCUCUACGUCGAGCGGCGUGGUGGAAGGCGAAGCACGCGACGGCGGCGCGGUGGGCGGGGCAGUGGGCGGGGCGGCGGGCGUGGCUGCGGCGGGGCGCCGCCCCCCGCCGCUCAACAGCGUGGCGUCCGAGCCCACGCUGCCGCAAGCUAGCGUUAUGCUCGCUCAGCUGCUCUCAGCGCAACACUCUCAGAGUAUGUACAAGCUGAACAAUAGCGAGGAGGCUGGGUCUGACCCCACCAAGUCGCCAGUCAGGAGGGGUCAGCCAUCGCCUAUUGGUAGCGAUAUCAUGUCCCCGCACCAGUCGCUGUCCCCGCCGGCGUCCCCCGGCGGCGGCCCCGGGUCCCCGCGCGGCGGGUCCCCGCGCGAGGCCCGCCGCACCCACCUGCACGCCGAGCAGAAGCGGAGGUACAACAUCAAGAACGGGUUCGACACGCUGCAGGCACUCAUACCGCACCUCAAUACCAACCCCGCCGCCAAGAUAAGCAAAGCUGCCAUGCUGCAGAAAGGUGCCGAGUAUAUCAAACAGUUGAAAGCUGAGAGAAAUCAAAUUAAAGAGGAGAUGGAAAGCCUGCGACAGCAAAUAGAAUGUUUAAAUAAUUCUAUCACCAACUGUCACUCGUUGUUGCCUGCGACAGGCGCGCCCGUGUCGCGCGCGCGCUCCGGCAGACUGCGCGAGAUGUUCGCGCGACAUGUCGCCAACCGCACCAUGCACAACUGGAAGUAUUGGCUCUUCAGCGUAGUGAGCGCGGCGCUGGUGGAGUCGUUCAGUGCGUGCGUGUCGUGCAGCAGCGCGGCCGACCUGGUGCGCACCACGCUGCUGUGGGCCGAGCAGCACUGCUCGCUGGUGGAGAUGCGGCCCGCGGUCCUGAACUCGCUGCGCGUGCUGUGCACGACGACGGACAUCCUGACGAGCCCUGAGCGCCUGGCGGACGAGGCGCGCGCCGCCGUGGCCGCCAGCGCCGCCGUCAAGACCGAGCCUACCUAGCAGCCUGGCACCAACUCGGGUUAUUAUUCGAUUACUUGUUAUAGAGUGCGUGUCGAUACUAAAUGUUAAAUAGUCGACCAACAUAUCAAACUUUAAAUAUGAAAAAAUAUCAAACCGCGCAUUGUGAGGUCGGUCUUUUUACCGUGUUGUUAUUAUUUAUUCGUAUUCAAAUAUGUUUCAGGGCAAAUUCUGUUACAUAUUUCGAUCCACGUUUGCUUAAUUUUGACUUCGCCACUUUUAUUUAAAUACCUCACUAAAAGUAUAAUUUUGGAAUGAAGGAUGUAAAAAACCAUUGUAUGUGGAAUGAUAGUUACAAUAUUUCAGUUAUAAAUACGAAGCUAAUACUAAAUAUGUUCCUCUCUUCUUCCUGCUUAUAUCCCAAACUAUUUGGAAUCCAUACCUCUUCAAUUUUCCGUCCUCCAUUCAUCCCCCACUUAGACAUUGAGAUAUCAUCCUAUCAGAAACUCCUUCUGGUAUAUCAUUCCUCACACAAUGUAUCGAUCGUAAAUGAUUAUAUUACUACUGUCAGUUUUUAUGAAUAUGAGCAAAGUUCCAAAUGUGAGCUUACAUCGAAAUUGUUACUUCUUUGUUUGUAAUUAUAUUAGUGUAUUCAUAAAUUGUAUGGAAAUAGUUGGUUAUACUAUAAAUUUUAUCAAGAAUAUGGGAAAUAUAUUAUCGUCACAGUUCUGGUGAGUCUAUUAUGUGAAGUAAAUGAUGAGGUGUAAAUUUUGUAUAGCAUCACAACAACCAUAAUUUAAUCAUGUAUCACAUUUGUCACAUUCUAUGUGGUGUUGUGUAAGAGCGGUCCAAAUUUCGUAUUUGAUUCAGUGUGGGCGUUGCCUCGGCCUGUAACGGCGAAGGCAGAUCAUGAAGUGUCCUAAUCUAGUGCCUUGUAGCUACGUGGUAAAUAUUUGUAAAAAUACACAGUCUUCUAGUAAGUAAUUCACAAAAGUCGGCAACUGGGUGUUGUUCUAGCUACGAGCAAUAAUAAAAUCAGAUUCCUGAACGUGUUUAUAUCACUUUGAGUAGAUGAGAUUGCUGCACUAAUUUAUUCUUAAACACGUCGUUUUGAUUAGUUUUUGUCCAAUUGCUAGUCUGAUAUUAUUUUUGCUUGUACUCUACAAUUUCCGAUCGCCGUUAAGAUGCCAUUUGAAUUAUUGUUUGGGCAUAUUAUUAAUUUUUUUUGCAAAUCUUUUAGUACGACAUUAACUGAUUUCAUUCUUGGGAGAAUGUUUGAAUCUGAAAUCAAUGCAGCAAACAAGAAGAAGUAAUUUUACCAAAGAUAAAGAGCCGCAUUACGCUUGGUAUAGCGACUCGAUCACGUUGUAAACUAUGUACAUGUGCCCGUCCUGUCCGAUAACACGUGAAUACCAAUGUAGUUCGUAAGAAACAAUGAAUUUAUUGAACUUGUCGAGAUUUAAUUUAGAAUUGUCUAAGUGUAUUUACGUAAGUACUUUAAGCAAAUAUUUUUAUAUUGUGUGAUAACACAGAUGUUUUUAUAUAUAACUAUAUAUAACUCGGUGCCAACGUAAAUAUUGUUGUAAUUUGUUAUGUAGUGAUAUAAUUUUAUGAAGUAUCGUUGACUCUGGCAGCACGUUGUCGUUUGUUAGCGGCGGUCGCGUCAGCCGCGCCCCGCUCGUGAGCUUUAAAUGAGGUUAAGUGCAAUUGUUGUUCUAUUGGAAAUACAAUCUGGAAACACA